AAAAUAUAUACAAUCCAGUAAAUGAGAGAGAUCAACAUGAUGUUUUUGUGACGAUUUUCAUGAACUUCUGAGACUGAAUUGGAAUGAAAUUACCGAUAUCAAUUUUCAUUCCCUUUCUUUUCUUUCUUUCUUCUAACGCAGUCUCUUUUUCCUCUAAUUUCAUCAUCCUUUUCAUCUUCCAAUGUCACUGAGCAAGUUCCUUGUUCACUUGGGACUUUAUGAGUUUUUUUUCCUCUCUCACCAUUUCCUAAGAAUCGAGAUCAAAAAAAGUUCUGACCCAGAGUAAUCAAGUUGACGAUUCGAAUCAACCAUUUUCUUACUUUCUACUAGUACUCGGUGUUUCAUUCACCACUUUCAUCGCAAUCAUAAUCAACAACUUCUCCAUCAUUGUUGAUAAUUAUCAACGUCUAAUUGUCAACAAAUCAACCUAAUUAUCUUCAUCCAUCAACGAGUGUUCAACAAUCUUAUCCGUGUAACUUUUAAUUGUCAAAGCCAAGGGAUAAUUAUAAUGUGCUAAUUGUUAAUGUUGCAAAGCAGAAACGGAUUAAUAAAUCGUGAUUAACUUUUCACCAUCAAAUUACAGGUUUUUGUUUAAUUGAUGAAAGGAUUUUAAUCACAAAUUGAUUACCAUUCACAAUCAGGAUAAUAAUAAAGAUUGGAUUUUACUUUUUGUUUCAAUUAAAUCAAUUGAUUGGGAUAAGCUAAUACAAUAAUCACCAUUUAAUCUGAUAAUCAAUUGAACUGAAUACUUGAAAGAAUUCAUCAUGUCAACCUUUCUUUUCUUACUUUCUCACCUCUUAUCCUCAUCAUCUUUAAACAUCAUCUUCACAAGUGAUUGAAUGUGAAUCAGAAAAAAAAACGAAUCAACAAUUUUUUCAUCAUCUCUUUUUUAACCAACCAUAAACAAUUUACACUCAACAAUACAAUCUAAUCAUCGUUAACCAAAAUCAUUACAACGUUAACAAUUUAAUUACCAUCUUAUUUGUUACUUUAUAUAAUUGCCUACUAAUUGUUAUAAUCAAACUACUCAGGAAACCAAAGUGAAAUAAUAAGAUUUUCUGGAAAUCACUUAAAUAACUGGAAUUUUUUUUCUCCAAUUAAUCAACUUGAAAAGGAAAUUCAAUUAUCACAGUGUAACAAUAAUAAGGAUACCAAGUGAUAGUUAAUUCAUAUGUAAUUGAUUCUCUUAAAUUGUUCUAAUAAGUAAUUUGAAAUUACUCCCGAAAUAACCUGAAUCAAGCAGAAAGUUAAUUGUGAUUUCAUCUCAUCAUUUUUUUUAUACCAAAAACCAACGUUGAUCAAGAUCAUCUUUCAUGAUAUCAUCAUAAUCAUCAUCAUCAUCAUUAUAAUAUAAUGAUUAUCAUCACAAAUUUAAGCUUUUGAUCAUCUUUAUCAUCAUCACAAUGGAUUAUCAUUCAGCCUUUGCCUUAAUAUACAAAUAAAUUUAUAUAUAUCUCGAGAUAAGUUUAUCAUCAUCACCUGAUCAUAAUCAUCUGAAUCCAUCAGGAUUAUGAGUAACUAUUGAUUAUCAUCAUAACUAUCUCACUAUCAUCAUCAUCAUCAUUUAUUAUCAUCUUAUUAUCUUGAUAAUCAUCCACCUUAUCGAAUACAAUUUACCAUCACCAUCAUGGUUCAUACCAAUGGUUCAAUUGCAUUCAUUUUUACCAACCCAUUAGUUAAUAGCAUUUUUAAUAAUACAUUGACAUUGAAUGAUAAUCCAUCUUCAUUGAUCAUCUCAUCUCCAUCAUCUUCAGUUUCCGCUUCAGCUUAUGGUUCCUCUUCUGUAUCAUCAUCUGUUUCCGCUGUUUCGACUUCCUCAAACCUUGAUAACGCGACUCUUGAAAGUGUCUUAGGUCCAGUUCGUGAUCCACUGGCCACCACAAUCACCAUGACAGUUAUUUACACGAUCAUAUUUGUCACUGGAUCAAUUGGUAAUGUUUGUACCUGUAUUGUUAUUAAACGUAACAAGUAUAUGCAUACAACGGUCAAUUAUUAUCUCUUUUCACUUGCCAUUUCUGACCUUUUACUUUUAAACUUUGGCCUUCCCCCUGAACUUUAUGCUCUCUGGCGUAAAUAUCCUUACAUUUUGGGUAAACCUUUUUGCAUAUUAAGAGCAUUCACUUCAGAAACCUCGACCAAUGCCUCAAUUCUGACCAUCACCGCAUUCACCGUUGAACGUUACCUUGCCAUUUGUCAUCCACUUCGAGCUCACACCAUGUCCAAAUUGUCCAGAGCAAUUAAAGUUAUCCUAAUUAUCUGGGCCAUCUCGGCUAUAGCAGCAAUACCAAUAGCUUAUCCCUUUGAUAUAAUUUACAUGGUUAAACAUGAUAAUGGUCAAGUUAAUAAGGAAUCGGCGAUCUGUAGUAUCGCCAGUCCGGUUGAAUACCUUUUCGAAGUGGCUACUUUUUGUUUCUUUGUCCUUCCAAUGGGAGUCAUAUCCAUAUUGUACAUAUUAAUAGGAAUCCGAUUACGACGAACCUCAUCAAUAACCUCACGAACCGAUUCUAACGGGGACCGAUCACCCGACACCAGUUCGACGGCAGUUAAUCAUAAUUCUCAAAGCAAUUGUAAUAAUAAUAAUCUUCUGAAUGGAAGCCGAGAUGCGACACUUUACAAUCAGCAAAGUUACAAACAACAUUUGGAUAAGAGAAGAGCGAUCGUCAGAAUGUUAGUGGCUGUUGUGGUCUCUUUUUUCAUAUGUUGGUCACCUUUUCAUGCUCAAAGAGUUCUGGCCAUUCAUGUUGCUGAAAACUCAUCUAAAUUUGUCCAAACCAUUUUAAUUGUAUUGACCCAUGUGUCCGGUAUUACUUAUUAUUUAACUGCAACAAUUAACCCGAUUCUUUACCAAUUAUUAUCACUUAAAUUUCGCCUUGCCUUUCGAGAUACCUUCGGCUUUUGGCCUCCCUUUCUUAAGCCUGACCAUCUACCCGAUAUAUCGCAACACAGUACCGGAGGUCACUUUGCACCAACCUUGGGAUCGAUCAUCACUGAUAAUAGUUCAGUUAAAAUUUGUAAGAAAACGAUUCCCACCAAUGGAUCCAUUCAUCAAAUACCCUCACCGUUACCACGUAAAAGUGGAUCUGGAGUGGGAGGUAAUGGUGCUUUCUUUCAUGAUUUUAGUGAAUCAAAAAAUCAAAUACCUGAAAAGUGAUUAAACUAAAUAAUUGUAAUCAAUAAAUUUCUCUCUGUUUAAAAUAAUCUAACCAAUUUAUAAUGAAAAUACACCUUGAUAAUCAACAAUAAAUUGCACAGUUUAUUUUAAUUCGUCGUAAAUAUUAAAUGUUAAUCUAACGGUUGUUCGCAUUGUAUUAAUAGUAGCUCUUAAUUGUUUUAUUAUCGCCUUGGUAUCACAUCGCUGAAUUGUAACGAUAAAGUGUGAUGUAAUUUGCUCACUUUGAUCAUUUGAUAACCAUGAGUGUUUGGCCACAACAAAGACUUUGAUAUAAAAUCAUCACCUUUGAUAUUUUCUCAAUGAAGAUUGUUACAAUAAAGAUGGAAAAUCAAAUAUGAAUCUGCGAUAUUAAUCCAAUUUUAUUGAGUUAGACUUAUUAAUUGUCUGAUUAUCCACUUAAAAAUUGAAACAAUCAGAAACAAGGAA